AUGGGAACAAGAGCCAUAACAGUCUUCUUUAUUCUCUCUUUAGUUCUGGUUGGCAAAGUUACUAGUGCAAGAAAAGGUCCCGGUGAGUACUGGAAGAAGGUGAUGAAUGGUGAGCCGAUGCCUGAAGCAAUCGCAAAUCUUUUGCGUCAAAGUCCUUCCGCGGAGUUAAAUUCGAAAUCGACGACUCGAUUUAUUAGAAAUUUCGACACGAGGCCUAACGUUAUCAUAUAUCACAGCCAUCAUCACAACCAUCCUCAGCGUUCUGCACCUAAAGAUGGUUAA